GAAUUUCGCAUUUGGCAUUCCGUCGGCAGCCGCGUGCGGUUGAUAAAUGUCAGGAAAUGUUUGAAAUGGAGUAUUUCGAAAAUAAACCUUUAUAAUGUGCUACGGUAAUUUCUGCCAGUGCAAUCUGUUUUAAUUUUGGUUCCUUUGUAUUAAUCUUGUGUUCAUUCAUCAUUCGCUUAAGGAAAAAGUCUAAAACAAUUAAAAUGGAAAAAAAUAAUGAUGACCAUAUAGUCUACAAAGUGGUACUCACUGGAGGACCCUGCGGUGGAAAGACUACCGGUCAAACAAGAUUGUGCACAUUUUUUGAGAAUUUGGGGUGGAAAGUGUUUCGUGUACCAGAAGCUGCUUCGGUUCUUCUUGGGUAUAUAUUCCCCAUUACACUUACGAUUGAGCGAAUUUUUGGAAAAUCAAUUCCACAUUCAAAUAUAUCUAAUUAUUUUUUAAUGACGGUAUUUAAAAUAAAAACUUCCGUGUUUCAAGAAAAUUUGUUGAAAACGAUGCUACAGAUAGAAGAAACGUUUUUUCAAUUGGGAAAGACGUGCAAAAGGAACUGUUUGAUCAUUUGUGAUAGAGGAGCAAUGGACGCUUCAGCAUUUAUAGCUAAAGACAAAUGGGAAAAUAUAAUGAAAGAAAAUUCAUGGAAUAAUGUAGAGUUAAGAGAUAACCGAUAUAAUCAAAUCAUUCAUAUGGUAUCUGCUGCCAAAGGAGCUGAGGAAUUCUACUCUAUUGAGGAUCAUGCAUGUCGAUCUGAGGGUGUUGAAUUGGCAAGAAUACUGGAUACAAAAGCAGCAGCAUCUUGGGUGGGACAUCCAUAUUUUGACGUAAUAGAUAAUUCAACUGACUUUGAAGGAAAGAUGAGGAGAAUGAUUGAAGUCAUUUGUCAUAAAAUAGGAAUCGACACUGCCGACAGGUUGCUGAAGAAUUCCCGCAAACACAAAUUUCUCGUUGAAGGUCCUUUACCACCUGAUUCGAUAUUUCCUCCUUUUCAAGAUUUCGAGGUUGUUCACAAUUACCUGCAGUCUAACUCUCCCAAUCAAGUCAGAUUGCGCAAGCGUGGCCAGAAAGGUCACUACAGUUAUAUUCAAACUGUGAGAAGGCAGAAUCAACCGGGAGGACAGGUUAUUGAGGUUAAAACUCAAAUAACACAUCGUGAUUAUAUAAAUCUGUUGACUCAAAAAGAUAAUUUGCAUUUUACGAUCUACAAGAGACGAAGGUGCUUCAUUCAUAACAACCAGUAUUUUCAACUUGAUCUCUAUGAGCAACCAAGCCAUCCUAGGUGCAAAGGUUUAAUUCUUUUGGAGACAUACUCUGCUUUAGACAAGGAACAACUUUUGAAAACGCUUCCUUCGUUUUUGAACAUAAAGAAGGAAGUAACUGGAAAUCCUGAUUACUCUAUGUAUAACCUAUCAUUGAGAGAGGACUGGAAGACGUCAAAAAAAUUCUGUGCGUCCUUAAUAGAACCUGAAAUUGCAACCGAUCAGCUCAAGAAUUUCCACGAUUCGACAGAGGUAUUAGUGAAGUCCUACAUUUAUAAUAAUGGCGACUUGAAUGGGAAACCAAUGAAUGGAAAAGCUUGAGUGCAUUAUAAUUACUCGUUAUUAGUAUUCUCUUAAUUGAUUAGAAGAUAUAUUUUUCCGUAAAUACAUCAUUAUAUUUAUUUGAUUACAUAUAAACUAAGGAAGCAGUAUUUUUAACUUAUGAACUUCAAUUUUAACAAACAUCAAGUACCUGGCAAAGAUGAUUAACGUACAUAUUUUAAUAUGUAAUAGCAAUCGGCAUUGUAUUCUUAACUGUAGACAUUAAUGUAUCAUUCACCAUAAACUGUACUUAUCUACCCUGAUAGGAAUUUAAAAAGUAUUAUGUUUUCCUACAUGUGAAGAACUUUAAAAUAGUUUCAUUCAAUCGGCAUUGUUUUCUUAACUGAAUAGACAUUAAUGUAUUACUCAUCAUAAACUGUACUUAUCUACCCUGAUAGGAAUUUGAAAAGUAUUACGUUUUCCUACAUGUGAAGAACUUGAAAUCAUUUUGAUAUAUUAUAGUAUGUUAAAAGUAGGAAUGUCUCCAAGAUAUCACCUUUUAUCUUUCUGAUGCUAUUUUUUCCAAUUCAAUAUUUUGAGAUUCGUUCCUAUUUUUAAUAACAUACUGAAAUUCAAGUAUUGAUCAACCUUAAUUAACACCAGGUAAUUUUAGGAAACAUUGAAAUUGUAUUUACAUUUACCAUAAACCCUUAUCUCAGUGAUCAAAAAAAGACUAGAAGAAAUGUCCACAAAAUUACAUAGCACUAGGAACCUUUAAAACAAUCCUGUUCCUAUGAUUGUAAAUGUAUCUGAAUAAAACCAAUUGAACCCACAACUGAA